CUUGAAUUUUGAGCGGCAAUUUAAGUCAAAUAGCAAUGCCUGACUUAAAAUGUCCAUUCCUGUGAAUCACUUAGGAGCGACUAAUAUUGUGUUGGCUACUGAUAAUCCACGACAAUCUUCCACUUGUUUAGAAUCAGUUUCUGUUCAUGAUAAAACUGAAGUGCAUGUUGGAAGUCUUGGUUUAGGAACAGCGUUAGCCGUUGCUUAUGAUCUAUGCAGUGAUAAUGGGAUUGUGAAUCAGUUCAAUACCAACGCUAAUUUAUGUGCCUCAAAUCCUCAACUUGCAAAUUUCCUUUCAUUAUCUGCAAUCAAAUCACCAAAUUCACAAUUUUCGACUCAUUGUCGUAGUACAUCUCUAUCUGACCAACAUACAUAUAAUAUUUAUUCUAAUUAUUUUACAAAUAAUUCAUUAUGGACAUUACAACAUACUGAUAGUUACCUAACUCCUAUCUCAUCUGCAUCUACAAUAUUUGAUGGUUCUAAUUCAAUAAAAUCACUCGCAAAUGAUAAUGAUCAUUCCAAAUCUAUUUCUUUCACUUGUGAUUUCUCAAAUAAAAGUAACUAUUUUCCUCAUGUCUCUCUUGAUAGUAGUGUAUGCCAACCAAAUGAUGUAGUUUGUUCAAUUGGAAGCAUGAUUGAUGGUCAUUACAAUAAUCAUCACAACAAUAUUGAUACCAGUCCACAUGUUUCUAAUUUACCUACUUCAUCGAGUGGACAGAAGAUUAAUACAAAUAAUUCAGAUAAUGAGUGUAUAGGUAUUAAUCAAGGAAUUACAUCAAAUAAUUAUGACAAUAAUAAUAUUGUUUUGAAGGAAACAACAGAUACAAAUCAUGUUACUUCAUCAUCUACUACUUCUAUUGAUGACAGUUUAUAUCAGUUAUCUGAGGAAGAAAUGAAAGAAAUAGAUACAUCACUUACAACAAAUGCCGAUCUCAUGGCUAGUCGUCAAUGGAAGUAUUAUAUUGAGACAAAUGAAUGGACACGUGCUACAUGUGCAUUGAUGGCAUGUUUAUUUACUAGAGAUCAAAUGGCUAAUUCAACUGUUUUAGGUCGUGGUGGUUCACAACGUGCCCGUCUUCCAAGCAAUCUAGUUGCCUAUGUUGUCACUACAAUCCGUCGACGAUUCAAUAAACCAGCCGCAGCUGUACGUGCUCGUAUGGCACAGAAAUGUAAAGAUGAACGACGUUUUGGUCGUAUACCUAAUUCCAAUGGAAAUCCAUGUAUAGAUGGAAAUUCUGAUUGUAAUAAUACACCAUCACCAGUUGCUGCUAUUUCAUCUAGUCGAUCAGGUACAAGAAAAACUCGUAAACGACCAGCUAAUUCAACAUCAACAUCAUCAUGUUCAUCUCAUUCAUUAAAUGGUAUAAAACAACCAUGUACACCAAAUUAUAAUAUUUAUCAAAUGAAUAUUACCAAUGAUGAUUGUUGUUCAUCAACAACAGAUUCUAAUCAACUUCCACCGAUAAAUUUAUCACCUAAUGGUAUGAAUUUAAGUGGUAUCGGUGAUGAUGUCAAUGGGGAAUAUGAUUGUAUGCUACAAACAUCUUUGGAUGAUUCAUUUACAUUAUUAGAUCAAUCUGAUGUUGUGAAUUAUCCUCAAAUUUAUCCGCUUGUUAAUCAUAUCACAACAAUCCCAUCAUCAUCACCAAUAAUUACAAUGACUAAUGGAGUAAAUAAUAUCAAUGGUUCAUGUAAUCUAUCUAAUACAUCGUGUAUAUCAAUAUUUUCCAAUGAUCCAUAGGCACACAUUUUGUGGUUACUAUGUAAAUGGAUUUCUUUUUAAAAAAAAAAAUUAUAAUACUUGAUUCAAAUUGUCUACUUGUCUUUAUGUAUGUGAAUGUGAGAAAAUAAGCAAAUCAUCAUCAUUAUCAUCAACAACAACUAAUCAACUAACAGCUACCCCCUACAUACAGUUAGUUACCGGGUAAUAUUAUUCUUUCAAUUUCUUCAUCUGUAAUUCGGUUGUGCUGUUGUAUUAUUAGCCUUCCAUUUUCAUUUUAUUUAUUUCUUUGUAUUUUUCUAAAUGUAUUUUUAUUGAAUCAUAAGUAAAUAAGUGAUGUUUUUUUAUUCAGAUGUCAGAGAGAUAAAGAGAAAAAGGGAGAGGAGUUAGGAGUAGGAACAGUAGAGUAGGUACCUUGAAGAUCAAUUCCGAAAUCAAUGCCUACAAUCACAGUAGUUAUGGUUGUUGUUGUUGUCUGAAAUAAUACUUACUAUAAAAUCUACAAUAUAUUUUUGAUAUUUUCUAUCAAUUAUUCAAUCGAAUUAUUUCAUUUAGAUAUUUCGAAUAUAUAUUAGAUGAAUAUGUCAUUCACACUAUUGUGCCUAAUUCUCACUUUGACUCAUUCUUUCUCUCCAUGUGCGUGUGUGCGUGCACGUGUGUGUGUGUGUGUGUGUGUAACUUCCCUUUUUUGUAUAAAUCAUAUUUGAAUUAUUAUUAUUCAUUAUUGUAAUGUAUUAAUAUGGAUUCAUUAAGCAGUAAAAAAGGUGGUUACUAAUGCUCACCAUGAUCCGGUCAUUGUUUAUUUUGAUAUCUAAAACAAGAAAACAAAAAAAAAGAAAAAUGAUCUAUUCAUUUCACGGUCUUCCUUUCAAUUUUUCAUUUUGUUUUAUUCAUUUUAUUCUGGUUUACUUUUUAAAAUAAAACAUUUUUAUUUCGUUUCAAUGUUAAACGACUAGUUAUUGGUCACUUGUGUGGUUAUUUUUGGUGUUGAUGUUGUUGUUGGUUGGUGCUGGUGGUGGUGGUGCUGGUAAUAAUGAUGUUAUUGUUCUGUUCUCCUUUUUUUAUUCAACAUUAUCAAAGUUCAUUCCUUUUUCGGUGAUCUUGUUAAUAAUCAUCAUCAUAAUAAUAAUCAUAAAGCUCAAAAGUAAAAUAGGACAAUAUAACUGUUUACUUUAAUUAAAUAGUAUGAAUAUUGAUUAUUAUUGAUCAUUACAGGAUGUUUUGUUUUGUUUUUCGGGCCUUUUCUUUGUCAUUUAUAUAUGAGUUAGUGGUUUCAACGACCAUCUCUGUGCUAAUGUGGUGUGGCAACUCGAACUGAUGUACGUACGUACGAAGUUCUACGUUGUUACUGACUGACUGAAUUAAUGGUUUGUUUGUUUGUUUCUUUGCAUGUCUAUCAAAUAUACAAUUGAAUGAAUGUAUGAAUUUAUUCAGAUAUUCAAUUACAUAACCAUCAUUAUUUUAAACAAAGUAUAUCAUUAUAAUGUACACAAAUGUAUAUGCAAUAGGUGUGAUAUAUACACUUUCUUAAUCCUCCUAUCAUUGAAUCUAUCCACCAUUCUCUUCUAUUUUUAAUUGUAAUCAUUAUGAUGAAUAGUUCUGGUUAGCGGUUUUUUUUUCUUCUUUUUAACGUGUUAGUUUUCUACAAGAUGAGAUCGCUAACCCCAUGCUCAACUCUCGUCUUUUAUCCGGGCUUGGGACUGAUAGUGAUUCUAGAAAAGCUAUAGAUGGACUUCAUUAUAAAUAUCCUAUCUAUUUAUUACAUAACAUAAUUAUCUCAAUUAUUGUUAUGACAAUAUUAACAUUCCUACUUUUAAUGAAUUCAACAACAACUAAAAGAUAUUGUCUAACUUCUUCUUCUUUUGCAUUUUUGAUCUCUCAAUGUUUUUUCUUAUUGUUUUUUUUUAAAUUGGGUUUUAUUUCAUUAUUAUGAUUGUUAUUUUCGGUUAAACUGAUGUUACUGGAUCAUCUGAUGUUGUUUAUUCAUGUUAAACAAAUUGCUUAUUAUUAUUAUACUUGUAAAUCUAUCUACUAAAGUAUUAUGCAUUCCCUUUCCCCCACCCCGCCUCCAAUUUAAUUCUUCAUUGAUCGUCACUAGGCGUGUAUCAUCUCCUAUAUGAGUUUCUUUGAUUAUGUAACAUUGAAUCCGGUGCACCUUCUAUAAAAUAUCAAAUACAAUUGCUUUAUUUAAACAAAUACUGCAAUUAUUAUUAUUUGUAAUUUGUGUUUUAUUCAAUUAUUGUCUCUUUUGUUUUCUCUUCAGUAGAUCUUCUCAUUUGAUUUAUUGAUAUAAUUUGAUCGUUUUUUUCUUCAAUUUAAUUUAUUAUUGUAUAUCAUUCAAUAGUUGCCUUCAAUUUAUAAUCAAUUACUUAAUUCCCCUUAUCCUCAGACUAUACUCCUCCACAAGGAGUAACAGGCAUAAGUAAAGUAAGUAAGUAAGUCCUCUUAUCCUACACAUAUAUAUAUAUAUAUAUAUAUAUAUAUAUAUAUAUAUAUAUAUGCAUACAAUGUGUAUUUGUUUAAUUUUUAUGUAAGUCAAUGUGAAUUGAUGAAAGUUAUUCAUUACACAUAUACACACACACAAACAAACAAAACGAUUACAUCCCAAUUGAUAAAACUAAACAUUGAAACAAACAUUCUUGUAUUUCACUGUUGUUGUUACUGUGGUUGUUGUUUUAUUAUUAUUAUUAUUAUUAUUAUUAUUAUCAUUAUUAUUAUUAUUAAUUUAUACAUAAAUAUCGGUCUACAUCCCUUUUUUCAUGGAUUAACAAAGAACAAAUAUGCGCGUCUCUUUAAAAAAAGUUGUUUAUUAUUAAUUACAAUAAUAAUGAAAUUUUAUUUUGUAAUGUUUACUUGUAUUAUUACUGAGUUAAUGAUGUAAGAUCUGUGUUUUAUCUUUCGAGCUGGUAUGUAGCCAAUCUAGGGAUGAUUACAUUAUAAAGUCUACAGUGGAUAUUUUAAGCAAAGACGGAUAGUGGCUAACAGUGGUAUCUAAGACGCAUGUUUCGUCUUAUUUGGGACUCAUCGGCCGGAUGUACCUGUAUCCCAGAGUUGACAUUCACCCUGGAACCCGAACCCAGUACCGUUCGCUUCAAACGCUAUCGCGUUAUCCACCUAACUACUGAGUCCUGAUAGCCACCUGCUUGUCCAAUGGGGUGAAGUUUAAAUUCAUUUAGUACUGUUUGCUUGUAUCUUCCCAUUGUUGUUUAGGAACUUCAAUUAAUCAGUCUGUUGUUGGCAUAUGUGCAUCAUGUGCGGACUGCCACGAUAUUGCCCUAAGUCACAAGCUUUUUUAGUUGUUAUAAAGUAGAAUAACUAGUUAGUAAGAUAUAGGUGAUCUUACAUGGCGAAAAUAAUUUGAUUUAAAUUCAUGGAUUGUACUUAUCAUAGAAUGUUCCUAGUCAGGUCAUUGGUGUGGACUGUUACCAUGUCCCACAAUAGGAUGAAGCAACUGAUCAGUUCUCUGUGGUUUCCAUUUAUACUUCAAUUGGGAUCAUAGAAAAUUAAUUUCUUAUUUCUAUGGGGUCAUUGCUUAGAAGAGAAUUUUAAUUUAUUUAGCUUAAAAAAACAAUAAUCAGUAUAGGGUUGUAGAAAUUAUUAAGUUUUUGAUUCAGAUCAUGAACCGAUUGAUGUUAGACUACCGUUGAAAAUCUGAAAGCACUGAACGGACGUUUCAUCUUGUUUUGAGACUCCUUAGCAGUACGCGUCCACGGUCCCACUUCGCGAGAUUCCAACCCACGGCCUUGAGUCUCGCACACGAACGCUUAACCUCUAGACCACUCAGCUGGCAUUCAAAGAUGUUAACUUCUACUACCAACCAAUCCACGAAAUUGCGCGACCAUCUUCCAUUAUAUUGAGUUAGAUACCUGUCACGGCUUCCCGCGAGCGGGGUCGUAGAUGCGCACUGUUGAGGAGUCCCACAAUGGGACGAAACGGCCGUCCAGUGCUUCCAGGUUUUCAAUGGUGGUCUAACAUCAAUCGGUUCAUGAUCUCAAUCAAACACUUAAUAAUCUCCAUAACCCUACACUGAUAAUAUUUAAAUUAUCAUACUUCGCCAAGAAUCUUCAGUGCUAAUUUAUCUGAUUAUGACUUAUCAAUAAAGUCGAGGUUCCCAAAACAACCAUCUCUUAUGCUAAAGAGAUUCGGAGUGAUCUGUGAAAAAAUCGGUCCGUCAAUUUCACUUAGAGAAUCUGAGGGAAGUUUCAAUAUGAAUCGUAUAAGGUCAAGAUUACAGUAUCAAUGUUUCACAUCAUUUAUUACCAUCUUCAACGCACAUCCCAACUUUGACGAUAAACUCCCAUAUCUGAUAAAUUACCAUGAAAUAACUGACACAAUCUUUAGAAAAUUUAACAAACAAUUGUUGAUUUCAAGUUGUUACAUCAUUCUUCUAAUUGGGAAUCUUAGGAUUGACGUACGUGAGUAGAACUUAUAUUGAAUAACCAGUUUUUCUGAAGAAUAGACUUCUCACAGCACAUAUUACAUACGAAUAAUUUUAAGUCUAGGUAUUCUAGUUCCAUAUCACAGAUACAAAAAAAUCAACAUUAGAA